AUGGCCACCAUCCUUUCAGCAGCGAUAUGGAGUACGGACAAUCCAAAAAAAUUUUACAAUUCACGGGUAAAUAUUUUGGGACGCCAAUUAGCAAUUGAUUGGCCAAAUCUAAAUGGCCAAAAAUGGAAUAACAAAUUUUGGGAAGCUCAAUGGUUAAAACAUGGAACCUGCAGUCUUAAUAACUUUAAGCAACUUCAAUAUUUUAGUUUAGCCAUUGGUAUUAAAAAUAAAUUGGACAUCCUGCGCAUGCUCGAAAAUGCAGGAAUAAGGCCUAAUGCAACCGUAACUUAUAAUUAUAUUGAUAUUGUUGAUGCAAUUAAAGCUAAAAUUGGUCCUUUUGAGCCUGAACUAUACUGCGUAAUGCCUCACAAUAAUGUUGUGUUAUUGCUUGAGGUUCGGGUGUGUCGGGAUGCCAUGGGAGCUACAUAUAUCUCAUGUGUUAAUAAUAGCAACUCAUGCCAAGGAUAUCUCAUUAACAUACCCGAGUGA